ACGAGCAUAUGCCCUGUAUCGCGCACGUCAUACAGAGAAGCAUCACUGUGAGUCUCGCUGACAGCGGAUUUGUUCCUGCAUUAGCCAAGUGUCGCAAGAUUGUGGGACAUUUUAAACACAGCCCGGCAAACUUAACGGAGCUGAAUGCAGAGCAGGUGAAACUCGGACAGCAGCAGGAGCCACUGAUCCAAGACGUUCCAACGCGGUGGAAUUCCACACUUGAAAUGGUCAAACGCAUCAUCCCCAAUCAAGCAGCAAUAAAAGCAACCCUGGAUCAACAGCAGCAUAAUCUCGUCAUGCUGACGCCAGCAGAAUGGGAUAAACUCCAGAGACUGGAGACCCUUCUAGAGCCCUGCCGGUAUGUGACUCAGAUCCUGGGUGGGGAGGCCUACGUCUCCUGCUCAGUGGUACUACCUGCCCUCUGCCACUUACACUGUGUAAUGGAAACUUCUGAUGAGGACCCUGCAUACAUGAUUAGAUUUAAGACCAAAUUCAAAGACGACCUAGGCUCCCGCCAAGAACACACCAACAAUGCAUGGCUCAAGAUUGCAACCGCACUGGACCCACGUUUUAAGGACUUGAAAAGUGUGCCCAAGGCAGACAGAGAGGAGGUGUGGACCAAACUUGGAGGCCUUCUGCGUGAAUCACCUGGAAGACCUUCACACACUACUGAAGAUGGGCCACCCAAGAAGAAAAUGAACCUUCUUCUACAGCUGGGCUCAGAUUCAGAAUCAGAUGAAGAGGUACAGCCUGACAGAGCCUUACACAGGUACAGAGCAGAGCCCACCAUUGAAAUGACGGACUGUCCCUUGCAGUGGUGGUCAUCUCAUGCAGGAGCCCAUGACAAGCUGGCUCCGUUGGCUCGGAAAUAUCUAGCCACUCCUGCAUCCUCAGUUCCCUGUGAAAGACUCUUCUCACUUGCCGGUCACAUUGUGCAAAAGAAGCGGUCAGCUUUACUCUCAGAAAAUGUGGACAAAUUGGUUUGCCUCAGUAACUGGCUAAAGGAUGAAUAGAGAAGC